AUGAAUGAUAAUGUGGACGGAACUCCGUUUGUUGAGCAAGUAUCUCCUACCUCGCCACUACCACUGCCAGCAGCGUCAUCAUCAAGUUUAACUCUUAACAAUUCCGAAAUCAAAGUCUUCUAUUACAUUGAUGAUCAAGAUCCGCCUUAUCUGACGAAAUUAAAUCUAACAAGCACACCACGUUUAAAAGACUUCAAAAAUGCUUUGGAUCGUAAUUGUACAAAAUAUAAAUUUUUCUUCGCAACUAAUGAUCCAUCGAUGGGUAAAGUCAAAGAAGAGAUAACAAAUGACGAACAAGUUUUACCAUUCGAUACACCCGAUCGUAUUCUUGCUUAUCUUGUUUCAAUCGAAGGUAGUACAACGUCGAGUGGCGGAGGAGGAAGUCGACAAUCAAAACAUUAUCAUCACGAUCGAGAUGAUACAAUGACAAUCUCAACAACGAAUAGCUCAUUGAAUAUUCAACAACCGCGUUUACAACGAACAAGCCGACGCUAUGCAUCAGGAAAUAGUGCUGAUCACGAAAAAUAUUUUCUUAAGCAACAACGCGCAGUCAACGAUGAAUUAUCAUCAUUUCCAAAUAGUGAUCUAGAGUCAACGACAUUUCUAGAUGAAACGGAAGACGAUAGAUACUCAACAGUUACUGAUUCGACAGCGGUAUCAUCGAGAUAUCAUGGGCGAAAUCGUCCCCGUCGACGUAAAUAUCGAGCGCCGGCAGGAUUCGAUCGAGCCUCGUCAUUCAGCAGUCUCAAUUCAGAUUCGACAAUGACAUUAAAUAUCAUAACAGUAACACUAAAUCUAGAUGCUGUGAAUUUCUUAGGCAUAAGUAUUGUCGGACAAAGUGAUCGAAAAGGUGGAAAUGAUGGAGGAAUCUAUGUGGGAUCAAUCAUGAAAGGUGGUGCUGUUGCACAGGACGGUCGUAUCGAACCUGGAGAUAUGAUACUUCAAGUUAAUGAAAUUAGUUUUGAAGGUUUAUCUAAUGAUGAUGCGGUGAAAAUUCUUCGAGAAACUGUGCAAAAGCCAGGUCCUAUCAAGCUAGUUGUUGCUAAAUGUUGGGAUCCCACACCACGUGGUUAUUUUUCCUUACCACGUCAUGAACAAGCACAUCCUGUUGAUCCAUUAUCGUGGCUUGCUCAUACUCAAGCAGUACAAAACACAUACAACAAUCCUCAACAUCAACUGUUGCUUCAUCAGCCACCUAAUCUUCGACCGUCAUUGUUGAAUUCUACAACAAAUAUGAGCUCAACUAUAUCAAGCACAAGUAAUACAAUGAUCGAUAAUGAACGUUUUGGUCUUGACCUUAAUCUAACUGUAAAUUCGGAUAUGGACACAAUUGUCCGAGCCAUGGCUGAACCUGAUUCUGGUCUGGAUAUACGUGACCGUAUUUGGCUGAAGAUACCUAUUCCGAAAUCGUUUCUGGGAUCGGAUUUGGUUAAUUGGUUGUUCGAACAUGUUGAUGGAUUUGUUAAUCGAAACGAUGCAAGAAAAUAUGCAUCGUCCAUGCUCAAAGCAGGUUAUAUUCGUCACACAGUUCAUAAAUUAACAUUCUCCGAACAGUGCUAUUAUGUCUUCGGAGAUCUCUAUGCACAAGGUCUCUCUCAAUUAACACUUGACGAAGAACCCGAAGAUUAUGAGUCUGUCUCCGAUCAGACCAGCACUGACCGUCGCAGUGGAGAUUCUCUAUUAACAGCAAGUCGACAAAAUACAGUAACGACAUUUGGCUUCGUCGAUAAAAACAAUGCACCACUUCAAUCUCCAUCUCAUUCAUUAUUUUCUGAGACACACCACUCAAGUAUGCUAACAAAAACGUCUUCUGCUCGACAUCAUUCAUGUAUGGAUCCGUCGAUUAUAUGCAGUGCUAAUCACGAGAACGAUCUCACAACAUCUUCAUCAGCUGUGGAAGUUUAA